AUGACAUCUGGUUUGGAAUGUUACAAGUGCAGUCACAUGAUCAUUACGUCAAAUCUGACGUACCCGGAUGACGAGGUCAUACGUCAACUGGCUCCCGGGUUAAUCAACACAAAAUGCAGACGCACGGACAGUAACUAUGUUCAAACACAGAACCAACAGAACAAUAUGAACAACAACAAUAACUGGAAUACAGGGAGCCAGACUGGAAUUCUCUACCCGAACACUUGUAAUGUGGCAAGACCAGGGUCACAGAAGGUCGUGAGAUGUGGAGUGUGGGAGGGAGAUGUUUAUGCUACAGUGUUUAGUUCCAAAAAACUGGUGUUGACGAGUUUCGCCUUUGGAUGUGCUGAAGUAGAUGAAUAUUUGGCGUAUGGCUGUUACAGCCAUUCUGGGGAGGAUGCUGACAAGGUUUUCUUCCAGGAGGUUCUGCAGGGAUCCUUCCGCGACAACGUGUAUGUGACCGAUUUCCGUGGACGACUGUGUCUGACCCAAGACGCCGCUUCCCAGCUGAUAUCGAGCGCCAACAAACUUGGAGUAACCACCUUUUUCUGUCUUUUAGUUGUAUCCGUUGUAACUUUCGUUGUCACCAGAAGGUUUUAG